UUUGGGGUUUUCCUCUAUGCAUUUGUUUUUUUUCUUCUUUUUUUUAGGUUGUUAAAAACUGCAUGUUAAAGUUCUGAUGAAAAGAAAUCAACAGAAAAGACAAUAGGAAGAAACCUUGGAGAAGGGCAGCCACAAAAGAUCAUCAACAAAGCGUCAAAAGACUGAUGAGCCCUCCAUGAUCAUGAAAUCUACUGAAUCUGAAGUGCUGGAUGCAGCUCAUCCAGAUGAUGAAACACCUGCAACCAAGGGCAAGAGUACAUCUGCCGAUGGAAGAUGAAGAAGAAAUGCAGGACACAAACUCUCAAGACAAGAGCAAUGAAAAGGUAAAUAUGCAGAAUAAUGAAGGGGAAGGAAAGGCCAGUGGAGAUACUGAGCCUGAAAAAGUGGCAGGGAUGGAAAAGGAAGGCACUGAGAAAUCUGGUGAGGAGGAAACUGACAAUAAAACUGCAGAAAUAAAUGAAUGGGCCAAUAUUGGAAAAGAGAGGAAAGAAACUCCUCCAUUGUUAACAAGGUGGCUGUUGACAAGGAACUACUGCAGGUACAUUCCUAGAAGCUUUCCACUCUCCCUUGCUGUCACCCCUUCCAUUUGGACAAGUAGAUUACACACUGUUCAUCACUCAUUGAUGCCUCUUUUCUUAACUUAUACAGGCUUUCAGAUUUUUUUACCAGAACCAAGUGGGCUACAUUAGGGUAACAUUUGAAAUGUUUAUUUUAGCGCUCACAUGGUAAAGGUUGUGAAGGGAUUUAUAGCAAUUUGCUUGUCUUUUCAGUGGAAGAAUUUUUUUUUUAAUAGGUAAGCAAAGCAAAUAUAUUAAGAGCUCUUGGAAAAGGCGCACAAAGUACAAAUGAAGUAUACAAGUAGCAGCUGAAUACAUGCAAAAGGAAAAAAAGAAACAACAAUCUAAUUUUUAUGAAUUUUUCUUGGAACUGUAGUUGGUUUCAUUUUCUUUUCUUUUAUCUUUGAUUUCUUCCUUGGUUCUCUUCCCCUCAAUGGUUGUGGUGACUUAAACUGCAUCAGGAAUUUGUGCAUAGUGCACUCUUGGAGAGCAACACAGGAAGGGACGAUUGCAUGAUUUACAAUAAGCUGGUGAGAAUGUCCGACAUUUGAGGGUGACCAGAAGGAUCAUUUAUAUGAAGAUUACUUUUUCCCUUUGUGAUCAUGGAAAAAAAUAUGAAUUUAAAUAUUUGUACUUCGGCUCUGAUUUUCCCAUAGAAUGGAGAUAUCAUUUAUAUGAAGAUUACAUUUUCCCUGUA